AUGUCUGACUAUGAGAAGCAACCGUUUUAUGAGGAACAGAAAAGAUUGAUGAGAGUUCACAUGGAACAGCAUCCGGACUACAGGUACAGACCUCGACACAAACGUUCUCACAUCAGGACUCCUCACCCACCCACGAAGUCCUACACCUGCCCGCUCGGCUUGCACGCCAAAGAUGACCGUGGGUCAUCUUCAGCUGCCACGCUGAGGACUCAUGCCAGACAGAUGGCGGAAAAACUCAUGUCCAGCGUGAUCGCUCGUGCUUGGAAACCGACCCAUAUGGGUCUGGCUUCAACUUGGGUUGGGCAUGGCUUCAACUUAAACUUUAUUACAUAA